CGUGGCGUUUGAUGCUUCGUCUCUUUUUGAGGAUUUUCCUCCCUGAACUGACAUCCAACACUGAGCGGCCGCCAUCCCAGUGGGACACCUGGAUCCACCUGAAACUCUAAGGAGGCACCUGUUCCUGGGGGAGGAGAUUAUCAGAGCAGGGAAAGUCGUGGUGGUAAAACAAGAGUUUUGUCUGAAAGUGGACUGAGCAGCAGCUACCUGCACAUACUGGGAACCGGCUGUGAACCAUGUACUAAGGAAUGUUUGGAUUUCAGCGGCGUAUCCCAGCCAGUGCAACCUAAACAAGACAAGAUGAACAGAGGAGACGAAGGAAGGCUCUCACAAAGACCAGGCUGAAAGAUUAGGUGCAGUGUUGAAGAAAGAAAGAAAGAAAGAAAGAAAGGGAAAUAUGUUGUGUGAGAGAAACUCUGGGAUCUGAUCCUGCUGCGAAAAUCCACCUGGAACAACCAGAACCAGCUGUGAACCAAGAGAAGGACGAGAGGGGGGAAAAAAAGGAGAAGUGAUUAGGCCUCUACAGUAAGAACAACCGGGCAAGUCGCUACAUCCCCAAACAGGUGAAGUCUGCACAGGGAGGCGGUUUAUAGACUUCACAGAAGCAGCAUUAUCAUCAUCAUCAUCAUCAUCAACAACAACAUGAUGUCUGUGAGGCAGCGCCAGCGUCGCAGCUCGCUGUCUGACGACUCUGAGGAGACCAAUGGGAACCAUGCAGACCCUGGACCAGAGCCAGAACCUGAGGAACUGGACUGGGAUGGCUACAGCACCACACUGGAGCACCGGCUAGCGGCUGAGCAGGAGUGCGUCCAGGCGUCCGAGCAGCGCUGUGUCCAGCUGGAGAAGGCUCGGCGUGAACUGGAGCGGCAGCUGUCGGGCUUGUCCGAGUGUCUGGACGAAGAGAAGGCCUGUUCGGCACAGCUGGUCCUCCAGAGGGACCGGCUGGAGGUGGAGUGCAGCAGCCUGAGACGAGACCUGGACGAGCUGGACAGUGCUCUGACUGUGGCUGAGCAGUGUAAACAGUUGUCAGACGGCGAGUCGAGGAGUCUGUCGGAGCAGCUUUAUCACAAGGACAAGGAGGUGCAGAAGCUCCAGAAGGAGAAGGAACAUCUGGUGGAGCUCAGUCAGCAGGCCAUCGAGGACCUACAGAGCGAGGAGGAGAAAGUGAACCUUCUGACCAAAGAGAAAACCAAACUUCAGAUGCAAGCUGAAAAUCUGGAGUUCCAGCUGGAGCAGGAGCGCCGUCAGCGCGGCGAGCUGGAGAAGAGCCGGAGGAAGCUGGAAGGUGACAGCCGCUGCUCGCAGGACAGUCUGGGAGAGAUGGGGAAGAUGAAGAGCGGCCUGGAAGACCUCAUCAAAAGGAAGGAACUGGAGAUCACCAGCACCAGCUCCAGGCUCGAGGCAGAGGAGGCCCUCAACAGUGGACUGCAGAGGAAGAGCAGGGAGCAACAGGCUCGCAUUGAGGAGCUGGAGGAGGAGCUGGAAGCAGAGCGGGCCAUUAGAACUAAGGUGGAGAAGCAGAGGACAGAUCUGACCAGAGAACUGGACGACCUCACUGACCGGCUGGAGGAAGCAGGCGGGGUCACGGCCUCACAAAUGGAGGUGAACAAGAAGCGCGAGGCUGAGCUGCAGCGUCUGAGGCGAGACCUGGAGGAGUCUUCGGUCCAGUCUGAAGCUCUGGCUGUGUCUCUGAGGAAGCGCCACAGCGACGCCAUGUCCGAGCUGAACGAGCAGUGCGAGGCUCUGCAGCGCACCAGGGCCAAACUGGAGAAGGAGAAGCAGAACCUGAGGAUGGAGGUGGACGAGCUGGCCGCGUCACUGGACAAUCUGCAGAAGGCUAAGAUGUCCUCAGACAGCCAGAUGAAGAAGCUGGAGGAGCAGCUGUCAGACGCCAACAGGAGAGGAGACGACCUGCAGAGGGCGCUCACUGAGCUCAACGUAGCCAAGAACAGACUCACAGCUGAUAACGCAGACAUCAGUCGACAGAUGGAGGAGGCCGAGAGCAGAGCCAGUCAGCUGUCACGCUCCAAAACUCUGCUCCAAGCCCAAGUGGAGGAGCUGAAGAAACAGCUUGAUGAGGAGGUGAAGAGUAAGCAGGCGUUCAGCAGCAGUCUGAGCUCAGUGCGGCAGGAGUGCGAGGUUCUGAAGGAGCAGCUGGAGGAGGAGCAGGAGAGCAAGCAGGAGCUGCAGCGUCUCGUCUCCAAACUCAACAGCGAGGUGACGCACUGGAAGACGAAGCACGAGUCCGAAACCAUCCAACACUGUGAUGAGCUGGAAGAAACCAAGAAGAAGUUGGCGACGAGAUUGCAGGAAGCUGAGGAAGCCGCGGAAGCCACACAGGCCAAAUGCUCAUCAUUAGAGAAAACCAAACAGAGGCUGCAGGGGGAGGUGGAGGAUCUCUGCAUGGAUCUGGAGAAGGCCAGUGCAUGCGGCCAGACUCUGGAUAAGAAGCAGCGGGUCCUGGAGAAGCAGCUCGGAGAUUGGAAGCAGAAGUGUGAGGAGCUGGUGGCCGAGGUGGAGAGCUGCCAGAAGGAGAGCAGGCAACACGCCAGCGAGCUCUUCAAGCUCAAGACGGCACAUGAAGAGACGCUGGAGCAGCAGGAAGCUCUGCGCAGGGAGAACAAGGCCUACCAGGAGGAGAUAGCAGACCUCACAGACCAGCUGUCAGACGGAGGUAAGAGCGUCCAUGAGCUUCAAAAGGCAAAGAAGAAGAUUGAGAUGGAGAAAGAAGAGUUACAGGCAUCGCUGGAGGAAUCUGAGGCGGCGCUGGAGGCUGAGGAGACCAAAGUGUUGAGGCUGCAGCUGGAGUUGUCUCAGGCUAAAGGGGACCUGGAGCGCAGACUGCAGGAGAAGGAGGAGGAGUCUGAAGCUGCAAGAAAAAUCCACCAGAGGGCGUUAGAGUCCCUGCAGGCCAGUCUGGAUGUGGAGGUGAAAGGUCGAGCAGAGGGACUGAAGCUUAAGAAGAAACUGGAGGCCGACAUCAACGAGCUGGAGCUGCAGGUCGACCUGCUCACUAAGAACAACACAGAGCUCAACAAAAACAGCAAGAAGAUGCAGCAGCAGAUCAAGGAGCUGCAGGUUCAGCUGGAGGAGGAGGUGCGGAGUCACGAGGAGCGCAGGGAGGAACAGGCAGCUGUGGAACGACGCUGUGCUCUACUGGUCAGUGAGGGCGAGGAGACUCGCGCGGCACUGGAGAGCGCAGAGCGGGGGCGCAAGGCCAUGGAGACAGAGCUGCAGGAAGCCGGCGAGAAAUACAGUGACCUCAACAACCAGUUCCAGUUGGCUCUGAGCGGCAGGAGGAAGCUGGAGGUGGAUCUCCAGACUCUGCAGCAAGAGCAUGAGGAGCUUCAGGGAGAGCUGAGAGGAUUCACAGACAAGGCCAAGAAGGCCAGCAGUGAGUUGGCCCGAGUCGGGGAGGAGCUGCGUCUGGAGCAGGAGCACACCCUCCACCUGGAGAGGGUGAAGAAAGGUCUGGAGGCUCAGAUCAAAGAUAUGAGCAGCAGGCUGGACGAGGCCGAGCAGAUGGCUCUGAAAGGCGGGAAGAAGAUCAUCCAGAAGCUGGAGGGAAAGGUGAAGGAGCUGGAGCUGGAACUGGACUCGGAGCAGAAGCGGCACGCUGAGACCGUGAAGACGCUGCGGAAAAACGAGCGCCGGUUGAAGGAGCUGCUGUUCCAGUCGGAGGAGGACCAGAAGAACCAGCAGAGGAUGCAGGAGUUGGUGGAGAGGUUGCAGAACAAGAUGAGGGCCUACAAGAGACAAGUGGAGGAGGCUGAGGAGCAAGCGAACAUGAACCUGGCGAAGUACAGGAAGACCGUCCAUGAGCUGGAUGACGCUGAGGAGCGGGCCGACAUCGCAGAGUCGGCACUUACCAAGAUCCGAACCAAGAACAGAGGCAGCUUCGGCAAAGGACACUCCUCUGGUUACAGCACGCCGUACCCCGGCAGGGUCAGGUCACCAAGCUCCGCAGGGUCCGAGGGCAGAGGUGAGAAGAUCCUCAACGACGACAACGAGUCGGUUAACUCCCUCAUCCCGGCUUAUCUCAAUUCCCUCAAGAAGCUCAUGAUCGAUUAGACACCUGUGUCACCGUCUACGUCAUAUGAAGUUUGAAACAUCAGGGAGGCGGAAACUGUAGAUUCACAACACGUUCAGGUCACUGGGAUGUGGUGCCUGUUUGUGAGUACUGUACAUUCCCAUUGAACUUUAUUUGAAAUAUUCUCAUUUGUUCCUCUUUGUGUUAGGAAUGCAGUCAGUAUAGGAUCACAGCUUUAAUUGCGUAACGUAAAUCCUCACACACUUUACGUCCACUUAAUUAUAUAAUGUAUUAUUUGUAUGUGAAAACUAAUUGAAUAUGGAAAACUGCUCGGUAAGUUCCACCACAAAAGACCAAUAAUGAGGAAUCAAUCAGGAAGAAAAUUUGCCAAAUGUUUUUUUAUCCAUUUUUUCCAUCCAAAAAAAAAAAAAAGAAUCUGUCUCACUGUGUUUUAUUGUGAGUAAUAAUUGUAUUAACUAAUCUCAUAAGGCUUAUUAAUGAAUUAACUACUGUAAAUCAGUACAGAUUUGGAGUACCCAGAAAAGGCAGCUCAGUUAACAUAAACAGUUUUUGAUCAAAAAUACUGUAAAAUGUGUUAUUCUUAAUUCUUCCUGGACUGAAAUUGGCUAAUUUUUUGUCCAGAGCACAGACUACACAACAUAUAUGUUACCUGAGUCACUAAAACACACAAAUUAUGACCUAAUUCCACAGGCUAAGUGGUUUACGUGAUAUCAUACUUCAAAUUGGCAGCAGAAAGAAAAAACUGCGGUUAGCUAACCAAAGAUGCUGCCUGUCUGCAAGCUAGCUAGUUAACUAGCUAACUGUUGUUUAUUAAAUGAAUACACAAUUCUGUUGGUUGUAACAUACAGUAAUAUACUGUAUGAGUAACUAGCUUUUUUGUCUUGCUAGUACAGAGGAACGCCGAGGCUAACAAAGGCUAGUACUAUGCUAGUAAAUUAACCAUAUGCAUUUAGCAGAUUUAUUAAGUUAACUUCUAACAGUUUAUAGCUACAUGAAUCCAGUCAGUCAGUGUUACCAAGUAAAAAACAAGGUGCCAUCAACACACAUGUGUUAUUAUAGGUCAAUAUAUUUUGACUGUUUUCUAUUAAGUUAGUGUAUUUGUUUGAGUGUUAUUGUUUGUUUUUUAACCACAUCUUUAUAUCACUGUUUAUUCUGUAACAAAUCAAUUUAUUGUUGAAUGUGAAAAUGUUUUUUAAGAAAUUAAAAACUUUUUUCAUUUAA